UUGUGUAUGUUGAAAUUGUAUUGAGCAGUAGUAGUAUUGCCAUACACACACAAAAGUUGUCAAAGUAAAAAUGAGUGAAGAUUUAAAUAAAUUUUUGGUUAUCAAAUAUUAUUUUUAAUUAUAAAAUGGCAACGUCUAUUGUCGGGCGUAUUGUUCAUAAAUCGAGCUCCAAAGCAUUUUACUCAACAUUAGCUUUUCGAACAAGUAUUGUUAGCCUGGGAAUUACACAUGUAAAUUAUAUAAAAUCGAUUCCUCCAAAACCUUUGGUCCAAAACAUACGUUUUAAAUACGACAAAAAAGGAAAAACUCAACAAUAUGAUUCCGAUUCAGAUGAAGAAGAAGAGUUCACAAGCGAUAGAGAUUCCAAAAUUGUAAAAACCAAAUUAAAUUCCCUUAGAGCUGAUUUAGUUCUAAAAAGCGGCUUAAAUCUAGCAAGAAACAAAAUAGAAACCCACUUCUACGAAAGUAAAAUCAGAGUCAACGGACAAAAGUUACUGAAAAAGAGCGCUCAACUAGAAAUUGGUGAUGAGAUUGAUAUUGUAAAAGGACCAAGUCCUCUCAAUAAGGACCAUUUACUCAUUUCGAGAGUAGAAAUUCUUUCGGCAACUCCAAAGGAUGAAGAUUUAGCUGUAGUUCUUCGAAGAUAUAAAACAAUGACUAUAGAAAAUUAUAAAGAUGCUUGGUCACCUUCAGAAUAG